CAAGCGGAGGAGCAGGAAGAAGAAGAAGAACGCAACAUCAUGGAUGCCAACUGCCGUAAACACCAAAAGUCACAGUAGAAGAAGAGUUGCGUGUCAACACGGAAAGACGCUAGCUAGCAGUGCCGGUGUCACUUCUCGCUCUCUGUGUUUGUUUGAGCACUUUUAAGGAGUAAAACAAACGCAAAAUUCCGGAUUUUGAAGAUUGAAAUAGAGUUUUUUCUGUUGUCAUAUUUAUCAGGAAUACAUUUUGUCUUUCUUUAGUGGUUCAGGAGAAGCUAACGUUAGUAACAGCGUGUUUUGGCAUCUCUUACUGACAGCUUGUAGGAUUUCAUAGCAAACACGCGUUUAUGAGACAGAUUAAACGCGAUUUUUAUUGUGUCUGAGCGAAUAUCACGAUGAAAGCCGCCCCUGUUUCACGACAGUUUCUCGGCUGACAGUGAUGUUGAGACUGACCAGUCUUUUGAGGGCUGUAAGGUUAAGCAGGGCUGUUUGCAGCGCCGCCGACGACAUGGCGAAGUCUUUCUACGCAGUGAGGAAAGGAGUCAAACCGGGGGUCUACUAUACCUGGGAUGAGUGUAAGAAGCAGGUGGACAAAUUCCCAUCUGCCUCUUUCAAGAAGUUUGCAUCAGAGAAAGAUGCCUGGGCCUUCGUCAGAGGAGUCGAACCAUCUGCAGUUCCAGACGUGAAGAAAGUAUCUCAGAGUGUAGAGUCGGACGUCAAUCUGCUUCCUAAAAGAGGCCCGGAGCCUCUGAUGUACAUCCCUCUUGGUAAGAAGAGACGUCACUCGGACGACGAAGCGGAGACCCAACCCAAACGAGUCAAACUGUCAGAAAGCUCGACUACAGAAAGCACAGACGGAUUUACAUACAUGGGUGACGCUGUGGUCGUUUACACCGACGGUUGUUGUUUGGCCAACGGAAAGAACAGCGCUAAAGCCGGCAUCGGAGUGUACUGGGGCCACAACCAUCCACUAAAUGUUGGUGAGCGGCUGCAGGGACGACAAACCAACCAGCGCGCAGAGAUACAGGCAGCCUGCAGAGCGCUGGAACAAGCUAAAGAGAAGAACAUAAAGAAGUUGGUUCUCUACACAGACAGCAAGUUCACCAUCAAUGGUGUCACCAGCUGGGUGAAAAACUGGAAGCUGAACGGCUGGAGGCUGAAGUCCGGAGGCCAGAUCACCAACAAAGAAGACUUUGUGAAGCUGGACAGACUGAACGCAGAGGUGGAGGUGGUCUGGUUACAUAUUCCAGGUCACGCCGGCUACAGAGGCAACGAGGAGGCCGACAGGCUGUCAAGAGAAGGAGCAGCGAAGCCUUUACAGCAGCAGCAACAGCAGCGGCGAGAAGACGAUUGCAAUUAAAGAGAUCUGCUGCAGGACUGUUCAUGUGCACACUGGUUUGUCAGCAAGUCUGUGACCAAGCGAAAACUGGAUGGUGGAUGGAUGUGUGUUUGAUUGUCAGGUUUUCUGUUGAAUGUUAAUUAUAAUUUGUGUCGCUUCUCUUAAUAAAGUUUUAUGUUUCUGCUUCAA